UCGAGGACAAAGUCGUCGCUAUAUAUGGCAAAGGUACCGCUCGUGGAAUAGGUGGUGUUUAACCGACUAGUACCCACUCAAUGGAUAUCCGUUCAAUACCGUCGCUGGCUAGGAUGAGAAUAUCAUUAGUCAAAGAAUCAGAAUACCGCCUCAAACAAAGUGUCUUACUCGAUAUGACAGCCUUACUUUCAGGACAAUGGGAGAGAUGCAUUCUAUGUUCCAUCUCCAACAGUUGAUGGAUCUUCCUCGGAGUUCCUAGUUCGGUACUGAUGAUAAUAUUUUCACAAAUGGCACCGGGCCUUACGGAUAUACGGAACUGUCCGGGGAAUUCUUUGCGCAGGCUAGAGCGCAGGCAGACGCUACCAACGACUACUUUAUUCUAUGGGUUCCGCCGAUACGCUUACACGUCAAUACCCCGACCUUGUCGUUGCCUACGCCACGUGUCGUACAUGAUCGGCCUUCUGGUGACUAUUGGGCGUUGGUGUCAUCGCAGGUCUCUUCAUCCCAGCGCUUCCUUGCCAUGUUCCUUACCGUGGCUUUGGCAUAUAUUCAUGGCUCGCGGCGUUUCAUGCCCAUGAGUUGACCGGUCCUCACGCGAUAAGCAUUCAAAAACAGAUGAAAAUCGAUGACAUGGCAGAGCGAAUAGGGGAUUCUAAAUUUUUUUUUUACCAGCAAAAUGAUUUUUCUCUU